AUGGGGAACAUGUGCGCGAUUUGCUUCCGCCCUGGCAAGGAGUCAGGUUGCGCGUGUUUUAGCCUGUCCAUUGCAAUCUUCAUUUUUGCCGUGUAUUAUGGUGCCGUUGGUGGGCUGGACUUUUGGCAGGCCGUCAACUCAGUUCCAGAGUUAGUAACACAGAAAUACAAUGCUAUAUUCACGUUAAGUGUUGCGGGAGCUCUCGCUCUGUCAGUGUUGUUGGGAUUUUUGAGGCUCGGCUUCAUUGCGUUCAUUUUCACGCUGGCGGUUUUCCUGCUGCAGCUCGCCGACGCGUUGUUCAAGCUGGUUACUUUCGUUCUGAAUUGGGUUGAUUGGGGUACGGCCCUCAACAACGGCACCAUGAAGUUCCAAUCGGCGAUGAUUUCCUCCACUAUUAGCCAGCUGCUGACCAUUGGCAUUACUUUCGCUAUGGCAAACGUCAUGUACAGCGCUGCACUUGUUUACAAAGCUGGUGGCACGGGUUGUGAAUUCAAGAACUAUCAAGAAAUCCAGGACGAAAAGGAAAAGCAAAAGGCACCGAAAGCAGAUGAGGAGGCGUAG